CAAACAUGUUUAUCUUGUUUCUGGUACACACGAAAGAAAGAGGAGGAAAACAUGGCCGAAUUUUUGAAAAUGUUUUUGCUCAAAAUUUUCAUUGGGAUCUUAACCAGGAUAACAUUUUGUCAAGAAACAAACAGGGAAAUCAGAUUAAGAGGUGGAGGAGCGAACUCGGGUCGGAUCGAGAUGAGAUAUAACGAAAGCUUCUGGGCAGUAUGCAUUGAUGGAUUCGAUAUCAAAAUGGCUGACGUCGUCUGUAGACAACUUGGGUUUCGACACGGUGCUCUUAGGUUCGGCCAAGUAGAUGGUUUCAGCUUCGCAACACUGGACACCUCGCUUGAUACUAUCCUAUCUAGCGCCAGCUGCAUCGGAAAUGAGAACAACUUCGACGAGUGCAUUGAUGUCACCUGGUCCGAGUGGACAUGCUCUAUGGAUAGACAGGUCGCUAUGUUCUGCGCACUUCCUUACUACGAAGGUUGCUACGAAAGCUCAACUCCUGUAGGGAUAGCGGACGAUUCCCAAACACUCCACGGCCUUGUUAGACUCUGCAGAAUCUUCAGAUAUGACUAUGCCGGCUCUUCUAAGACGGUCGGGGACAAUCACCGCUGUGGACAUAGUUUGUCCGAAUUCGGUUCCCUUGUAGAUGAUUCGUUCUGUGCUGAAUUGUGUGGAAACGAUCCUUACCAGUUGUGUGGGGGAAUAGGAGCCUAUCGCGCCGUUUACUCGACUCUUCUCGGGUCUACUGGUUACAUGUUGACCAAUAACAGCGGUUCAAUCACGUCAUAUGAUUACCCAGGCAAGUACGCCGCCAACGACCACCAAGUAUGGGAGGUCACUUUUGGUUCCACGCACCGCGUUCAGAUUACCUUUCCUGCCUUUAACAUCAAUGUUGAUGACGUCAUCACCAUCUCUGCAGGGGGUAAUAAUGAGACAUUCAUUUCAAGGAGAACUUGGAUAUCCGACCCGAUCUCGUCAUUCGUGGUUCGGUUUGAAAGCAGAUCUUCAGGAACCGGCUUUAUAAUGAAUUACGAAGUUUACAUUCCAAACAUAAGUACCACUAAAGUGCCAGUACCUUCAACACAGCAAGUUCCAACGUCAACGCAAAAUGCAACAGCGACGACGUCAAACCAAGCAAUGAGUACCGCUGAUUUAGGAAUGACUGAUUCUGCAACUGUCGUUCCAACGCGAGUUCCACCGGCAGAAACGACAAUGACUCAGCGGACAAUUACCAGUGAAGAAAAUUCAAAUCCAGAUGUAAGAAUAGUAAAUGGACUCACACCUAGAGAAGGAAGAGUGGAGAUUCGUAUCAAUGGAGUCUGGGGCACGAUCUGUGAUGAAAACCUGAGCUUCAACGACGCCAUUGUGGUUUGUCGCACUCUGGGCUUCACCGGGGCAUUAGGUACCACAUCGUUUUCUGAGUUUGGACCUAGUUUUGGAAACAUUCAUCUUGACAAUAUCCAAUGUGAUGGGACAGAAGCUGACGUCAUGGAAUGUUUGAGGAAUAUCCCCGAUCCUCAGCCGCAAUGCUUGUCCAGUUUUCGUGAGGCUGGCGUGAGGUGUUCAGAUUGCCGAGAUGUCCAUCCACUUUGUAUAGCGUGGGCUAGUCAAGGAGCGUGCGAGUCUUACCCUGGAGACGUGUGGCCUGUUUGCCAAAGCAGCUGCAACCAAUGUGAUAUAUUUGGUAAAAAUGGUUCAGCCCCUUCUUUGCCUCUGAAAGAUACGUGUGUGCUUGGCCAUUGCUUUGUCGAUGAGAAUAACGCAAGUAGGUGCAUAUCAGCUGUUGAAAUUUGCUUUACCGUAGGAUGGUAUCAAGGUUUAAUAUGUUUACCUACGCCAGUCAAGCCCGUUCCUUCAACAGUAAGAUGCAUGAAUCCAGACGAACAUACGCAGACCAAUCUUCCUAUACCUAGUUUGAUAGAAGAGUUGUUAACUACGAUAAACGAACUGAAGUACGCAUCGUCUACUUUGGAAAAUGAUUCUAUAAUUGCUCUAGAUAGACUUACUUCUCUCCUGACUAACCUUGAUGGAGUACGUCUUCUUCCAAUGCAUAUAUACAACCGUCAAAACCAGGCUACAGUCUUGGUUCUGUACGGUGUAAAUUUGCACCACAUUGACGACGAUACUUUCAGUGGAUUUCCAAGCCUUCGUACACUCGUCUUAGCGGAGAACAAUAUUCAAGAACUCCACAAUACAACUUUCAGCGGUUUACAACUCUUGCAAUUGCUAAAUCUUCGACAAAACAGGAUAAUCUCUGUCGAAAAUGAUUCGUUUGCUGACUUGAAGAGUAUUUUGUUUUUGGAAUUAGCUAAUAACAGCUUAGUCCGUGUGCAACCUGGCGCCUUUACCGGUUUGAUAAAUCUCAGAAGCCUGGGUCUCUCAGAGAACAAAAUUCGUCGGAUCGAACAGGGUUUCUUUUAUGGUAUGGAGAGUUUACAAUUUCUGUAUAUGGAAUCAAACAACAUUAGCGAGAUCGAGGUCGGCUCGUUUUCUGAACUAAGGAAUCUUCAACUAUUAAAUUUGUCGUCUAAUUCCAUUCAGCACUUGCAACGCGGGAUGUUUGCUGGUCUCUUCUCUCUUUCAUAUCUUGAUUUGAUAAACAACCACAUCCAAUCCAUUGAUGGCUUUACGUUUGAACAUAUGGCGUCUCUUCAGUUUAUAUUCUUCCUUGGUACUGAACUUGGAGCCGUUAGCCCUCAUGCACUGACUGGUCUAACAUCAUUGGAGAAAAUGUCUACAUCUGACAAUCGUCUAUGUUGUCUUCUAGAAGAUAAUGCUGAUUUCACCUGCGCAAGGACAUCACAGACCAGUCCUUUGGACACCUGUAGCAGGUUAUAUCCAAACUUGGCCUUGAGGAUUGCAGGAUGGGUCAUGGGUUUGCUGGCUCUAGGUGGCAACGGCGCUGUUCUCUUUAUUCGACUUAGGGAUAGGAAAAAGAAGGUUUCCAGAGUUCAGAAUACAUUUAUAGCUAGCUUAGCAAUGGCAGAUAUUCUGAUGGGACUAUACAUGAUUAUUAUCACCUCUGCCGAUGUUUACUAUGGAAAUGAGUUUUAUCUCAGCGCCCCUCAGUGGCGAGGAUCCCAGCUGUGUCGGUUUGCUGGUUUCCUUGGCUUUCUGUCCAGUGAGGCUUCGAUCUUGACCCUGACCUUGAUAACCGUUGAUAGGUUCAUUUGCAUCAUGUUUCCUUUUAGGCCAGAUCUGAAGAUUGAGCGCAAUAGUUCAUUGAUUCUUGUCGGUGCUGUCUGGGUUUUCACUAUAAUGUUAAGUCUGAGUCUGGUAAUCAUUACAUCAUACAGACCGGAUGUGUAUGGCCUCUCCGACGUUUGCCUUGGCCUCCCUCUUCAUGUCGAAGCUGCAGACACAGGGGUAUUGGAGAUCACAGGAAAUUUCUUUUUUGAGUAUCAGGUAAAUUUCGUGGUCACAGACAACAGUUCCAGGCCCCCAUGGCUAUUUUCCCUUAUAAUUUUCAUUGGUUUCAACCUUGUUUCAUUCACCUUUAUCUUGAUCUGUUACAUUAUGAUCUUCGUCAAGUCCUCACGAUCUUCAGCGAAAGUUCGGAAAAACAGCUCCAGUAAGCAAGAGACCAGAGUGGCUGUUCGUAUGGCGAUGAUCGUUGCUACUGACCUCGUCUGUUGGAUGCCAGUCAUCAUCAUGGGAAUCCUUUCUCAGACCGGUAGCGUCACCCUUGACCCUUCUCUCUAUGCCUGGACAGUGAUUCUCAUCGUCCCUAUCAAUUCAACAAUAAACCCUUUCUUAUAUACCUUUAUGGUUCACGUCGAUGACCUCAUAAAGAAACGAAGGAAUCAGAAAUAUGAAACCUAAAUAAAGAUGUCAACUAAUAUUCUAUUACACUCAAAGGCUAAAGAUCCAGCGUUGCCUGAGUUUGCUAUAGUCAUGUAUAUAAGUUCAAACUACAUUUGAAAGAUUUUCAGAUUCAUAGGGACUAGUAAUUAUACUCUUUGCAUGGCGAUUCCAAAGAUUCAGUGAAAAAGUUGUAAUUGACGACGAUACAGGUGUUCCAGCCCUUACAUUGUUGAAUUGAUUUUUUUUUUAAUAUGAAUUUAGUACAUAAAUUUUGUUUUCUAGUGUAAAGUUCGAGAUGAAAGUAAUUGAUUUGCCGAGAUUUAUAUGUCCUAAACAUAAAAAAUGAGUACAGUAGAAUUGUGGUUCUACAUAAGGGGUCUUGGAUAUUAAUUCAAAGGAGUACAAACUGCACAAUGAAUGUAGCUGAGUAAAAUGUUCAUAAAUAUAACAUAGCUCAAUUAAUACAGAGAACAUUCUACGGCAUUUAUUUCUGAAUAAUACAGUUAAAAAUUGUUGAGUUCUAUUUGGAAAAUCGUCCUUAUUUAUUACCUGAAUAUGAUCGGGACUAAAUAACAAUCAAGUUGUCCCCUUCUUUCACAAUGAAUGCAUAAUUUCCACCCUAUUUACACUUCAUAUCCCGCCUAAAUUAUGAGAAAAGGUAAAAAAUUACGGCAGUGUAAGUUUGUAUAUACACUGUAAAAACGCUUUUUAAAAUGCUAAGCAUGUUGUUUAAGCCUGUCACUCUAACAACUACUGUUUUGAUU